CCACUUUGUCCCGUUCUUCUCCGUCUUUGGUCGAUUCUCUUCAGCAGGGUUAUACUUUUUCCGAUUAUUCCUUUAACACGUGAAUGUACAGUUACUCGUUCCCGAAGAGGUCAUGUGACCACACCACUGACUCCCUCGUCGACUCGUCUGCUGUUUAGCUUCAAUCGGUGCAGUGUAGCCGUUCUGCUUCCUACAUGACAUGGCUCCGAUAUGAAAAUAAGAGGUCUGCGGCGCGGUUAGCCUCUUUCAAAGCCAGCCAAAGACCAGGAGAGGAGUGCAGACACGAGGUUUCUCCGUGGCAAGAGCUGUCAAUGCUGGACUCCCUGAUCUCCCAGCUUUAGGAUCUGUAAGGCUGGAGGAGACUCCCAGCCGACCGCCUUCUCCAACAUGAUGAGCUCCAGUGAUGUUGACAUCAGAGGUGAAGGUUCAUUGUUCUCUGACCAGAAUCCAUCAGAAAUGGACGCUCUCUGUCCUUCACCUCCUGGACCCACCAGGCCUCAACGUAACUAUGAGAGGAUCGGAGAACGAACGGGAACCUCGUUUUGUCAGACUCUUAUCCACUUACUAAAAGGGAACAUUGGGACGGGGCUGCUGGGUCUGCCUCUGGCUGUAAAGAAUGCAGGCCUGGUGCUUGGACCAGUCAGCCUGCUGUGUAUGGGGAUCAUAGCAGUCCACUGUAUGAGGCUGCUUGUCAAAUGUUCUCAUCACCUUGGUGCAAAGGUGAACAGGCCAUUUCUGACGUAUGGUGAAGCAGUGCAGUAUGGCAUGGAAAACGUUUCAUGGCUGAGGAGACACUCACAGUGGGGAAAGCAGACGGUGAACUUGUUUCUAAUCAUCACUCAGCUCGGCUUCUGCUGCGUCUACUUUGUCUUCCUCAGCGAAAAUAUCAAGCAGGUGGUCGAAGCAGCCAACGCCACCACCUUCAGCUGCCACGUCAACUUAACAAACCAGACACAUAUCCUGGUGCCCAGCUUCGACUCCCGCCUCUACAUGCUCUGCUUCCUGCCCUUCUUCAUCCUGCUCGUCUUCACCCCCAACCUGAAGUACCUGGCUCCCCUCUCUCUGAUGGCCAACCUGGUGAUGACUGCAAGCCUGAUCCUCAUCUACUUCUACUCUCUGAUGAACAUCCCCUACCCCAUCAACCUACCAAAGGUGGGCAAAGCUAAAGACUACCCUCUCUUCUUUGGGACGGCCAUCUUUGCCUUCGAAGGGAUCGGAGUGGUUCUUCCAUUGGAGAACAAGAUGCAGAGACCUCAGAGAUUCAUCCCCGUUCUGUAUUUGGGGAUGGGCAUCGUCACUUUCCUCUACAUCAGCCUGGGAACCAUCGGAUACAUGUGCUUUGGAGAAGGCAUAGGAGGGAGCAUCACUCUCAACCUGCCAAACUGCUGGAUGUACCAGGCCGUGAAGCUGCUCUACUGUUUCGGUAUCUUCAUCACCUUCGCCCUGCAGUUCUACGUACCAGCAGAGAUUCUCAUACCGCCAGUUUUGGCUCGCGUGUCAGAGAGGUGGGAGAGGCCUGUCGACCUGCUGCUCCGCACGCUGCUGGUCAUCUUCACAUGUGCUCUCGCCAUCCUGAUACCGGAGCUUGACCUGGUCAUCUCGUUGGUGGGCUCCGUCAGCAGCAGUUUCCUGGCGCUGAUCUUCCCCCCGAUGCUUCAGAUUGUUACGUUUCACACCGAGGGUCUGUCACCGCUGGUGACCGUCAAGAACGUCGCCAUCAGCCUGAUCGGGUUGGUCGGCUUCCUCACAGGAACGUACAUCGCCAUCGAGCAAAUCAUCCAACGGAACGGACUCAAACUCACAGAGGAGGCGUUCUCUCCUUACCUGGUGCAGUGAUGGAGUGAAAUGACUGUUGGCAGGUGGACGUUGACACACCCACGCCAUUUAGAAACCAUUUUUAGGGCACAUUUUUUAAAUUUUUUUCCUUCUUUUAUUUGCUGCUGUUGGAUGUGGUGGCCAUUUUUUAGGAAUAAUCUAGCACAUGUUUCAGAGAGUUUUAAAGUCCAGUCAUUUAGUGCAGUGUCAUAGAAAUAUAAGUAUGAAAACAGCAUCAUUCCUUCAGGAGGGAGACACUUUCAAGAUGAUUUUAGGGGUAAUAUAUCAACAGAGUAUCCUGUUGUGUUUUAAUAUUUGAGUCAGAGAGAUCAAACUACCUCACAAACUGGUAUCGAUUUGGAUUUGUGAAAGUCCGGAUUAGACGCUGUUGCUGAAGUAGUGUUGACUUUUUAAUCCCAAACAGCCUCUCCUAUAGAGCUUUUAGACUUUUACCAACCUUCUCAUUUAGAUAAAGAAAACUUUUUGUUGCACUUUGAUUUCUGCCUUAUUCAGUGAGAUGGCGCACUACUUUGACAUAGACAACUGAAAACAGUAAUUCAUGUGUAGCUUAAAAAUAAGUGCUUCAAUACAAAACAGAUUUUUUUAACUUAAACUAGAAUAAAUAAGGUGUUGGGAAUCCAAAUAGUUCUGAGUUUGAGCUCCAAAUUAAAGAGGAGACAGCGAUGUUGAGGAAUUGUGCUUUUUAAUUUUGCUUAUUGAAUCCUACUGCUGAUCUGUCUGCAUCACCGGGUUUUAAAUAUGACAGCAAAUACAGUGAAUAAACAUUUUAACAAGUGGUUUAAGCUGAGUAUAGAUUAAGCUAUAAACAGUCAGAUUUUAUUGGAUUCAUAUUUAUAACUCACAGGAUUUGCUGCAAAGUUAGGGAGUACUUUCAAGGCCGACCUGAGCAGCUGAGGAGGACGACUGUCCUACAGCAGCUAAAGACAGUGUUAUGACACUAUGCUAUUCCCAGUUCAGCUGUUUUAUUUUCAAACUGACAGUCAAAGGUGCUGCAUUUUAGUUUAAUUUAAUACAGAGUGCUAAUGUUGUGUCCCCCUUGAAAAGCUGAUGUUUUUGCACCAGAGCUAUGAUAGAAUGACGUCACGAAAGUCAUGAGAUUUGGUAGCAAUGCGCUAAAAUGCCUCUGAUUUUUAGGCUUUGAAAAAUGAAGGACUGGGUCCUUAUGGAACUGACUUUAAAAGUCCAUCCCUACUUAUAAAAAACACAGAUUGAUCAAAGAUAUUCCAAGAUGACACCCUGCAUUUGUAGAGUGCUAAUUUAGAUCUCUUCCUACAUAAAAUGGCAAUCAGUAAGUUUUAUAUGCACAUUUUAGGGCUUUUAAUUGGACUACUGUUCUUGUCCCAGUAUGCAAGGCUGCCAUUAAAGUCCCUGUAAAGUGAAAUCCAAAUGUUCUGUCUUAACACUCUAGUUAUGUUGGAAUAAGGCUGCUGUAAACAUGUGUAAACACUGAGGUCUAUGUGUGACUUUCUUUUUUUUUAGUUAGACCAUUAGAAAGUUAUUCAUCUCUUUCCUGGCGCGUUUUUACGGAGGGGGGCAGGAAAGAAAUGUAAUCCCUAGUCUUGAACUUCUGUUUCUCUGCUCUGGCACACAGCCAGGAGGCUACAGAAGCUUCUUUUUCUAUAUAAGAGGAUUGUGUUUCAUCAUGAGUGGGCAUGGUUUCAGCUCAGGGCUAGUGCUCAUGCUAAAGAUCCAGUGUGCAUGCAGUGAUAUCAGUAAAUCACAUCUGGAGAGGAUGCAUUCAUCAGAGUGUUCAAAGGCACAACCAUUUCUUCAGAUGGACAUGACAGAAGUAGAUUAAGGUCAUCAAAACUUUGUUUUCAUAAUCAUGGAAAGCCAAAUCAUCAGUGACAUGGAGGCUCAAUGAAUCACUCAGCUCUACCAGAAAAGUUUUGUGCUUGUGAAAAAAAUAUUGGGUGUGCACCAGAAAGUUUCCACCAUUCUUUCUCUUUGGAUAAGUUUUGUGUUGUUUUGCCAGAAAUGUGAGCCAGAAGGAUCUUGUAGCUUUUUUUUUUUUUUUUUUUUUUUGCAAAGGUUAAGUUUCUGCUGCACACAAAAACAUAAUAUGUUCAUCCCGUGUCCCUUUAUGGCCUCCACAGUUCUUAGAUUGCUUUUUAUUAUCUCUAUUUUCCCAUCUAAUUAAAUUUUUGAACCUUCACCAACUUUAAAUGGGAUUUAAUAAGAACUCUGAUUAAAAAGCACAAUAAAAUCAAGUCAACUGAUGCUCAACUCAAGAACAAACUGAAAGAAAAUAGCUCAGAUUUGUCGUCAUGCUGUUUUUAUGUCAGAGGAGUUCUUUUUCUUUUAUCUGUCUUUAAAACUUUUAUUUUUUGAUCUGAAUCUUUUUUAUGUGUUUUUAUGUUUUAAUAUAUUGACUAAAUUAAUGGUUGGAUAUUUUUGAAUAGUUUUUUUAAUAUUCAACAGCAUGCAUUUGUAGUCAAACUUACACCUAACUUUGAACAGGUUGUUUCAGAUAAACUACCCAGAGGCUCUGCAUGUUUCAUAAUGUAUUAUACUGUAAAACACAAGAUUAAAUCACAGGCUCUAGGUAUUCUAUUCAUGAAGUUAACCCUGUCAGUCUGCUUCAGGGAGCAGAUUUAAACCAACACGUACUGUAAGUUCACUCUAAAGCUUCUGUACUGUUGUACGUCUCAGUGUUUCAGUGGGAAUAUAACCAUAUUAUCCAUCAAAUCAAAUGCUGGUAUUUAUGAGUGGGAUUUGGUUUAGGGUAUAAAGCUUUGAGCUUUUUGUGUAAAGAUUUAAAGUCUUUUUCUGUGUAUUUGUACACAUCUGUUGCACAUUUAAAUGUCUGCACACAUGUAUAAUAAUGUUUAAUCUGUUUUAAAUGACAAAGCACCCAUGAUUCUCCUCUGCAUUUUGAUAAUUUAUAAAAUAUUGUAAGAAUUUUCCAUCAGACACUUUAUGAUGUGCAGCUACCCAAAGAAGACCUCUUCUGCUUCGCUGCUUUUAGAGCUGCAACUAACAGUUUAGGCCUUGUCUUAUCAUGUUUUUAUUUUUAUUGAUUGUCCUGUUAACCAGAAUAAAAGAUUAACACCACUGCUCAAAGCUUAAACAUCGUCCUCCUACUGAUGUAUUUUAAUUGACUGUAAACACACAUUAGGUCACAUUUCAGCUGCAAAAAUGACAUUUAACUAAUAAACCUUUUCAUUUUA